AUGGCAUCAGCUUCACCGACGGAGAACGGCGGCGUAAGUAGUAACUUGGAGAAGUUUCUCUGCGAGCGAUUGUUGGAUCAGUCGCAGCCGAUCUCAGAGCGAUUCAGAGCUCUCUUCUCUCUCCGCAACUUGAAAGGACCUGCACCUCGCAACGCUCUAAUCCUCGCAUCCAGAGACUCAUCCAACUUGUUAGCACAUGAAGCUGCGUUUGCGUUGGGGCAGAUGCAAGAUGCUGAAGCGGUUCCUGCUCUAGAGUCGGUUCUUAAUGAUAUGUCUUUGCAUCCUAUAGUACGCCAUGAGUUGACAGAAGCUCUUGGAGCUAUUGGUUUAGCGGGUAAUGCUGAUAUUUUGAAGAAAAGCUUGGUCUUGGAUCCAGAUCAGGAGGUUCGGGAGACAUGUGAGUUAGCUAUCAAGAGGAUUGAAGAGCUGAGUAGUGUCGAUGCGGAGAAGAACCAGUCAGACACGACAGAGAGGUCACCUUUCAUGUCUGUUGACCCUGCGGCUCCAGCUGCUGCUUUCUCUUCUGUCCACCAGCUGAGGGAGAUUCUUCUGGAUGAAACGAAAGGCAUGUACGAGAGAUAUGCUGCUCUUUUCGCUUUGAGGAAUCAAGGUGGAGAGGAUGUUGUUUCUGCUAUUGUUGAAUCUUUGAGUGCUAAUAGUGCCCUUCUACGUCAUGAGGUUGCUUAUGUCUUGGGCCAAUUGCAAAACAAAGCUGCAUUGGAUACUCUAAGCAAAAUACUGAGAGAUGUGAAUGAACACCCAAUGGUUAGACACGAGGCUGCAGAAGCGCUUGGUUCUAUUGCAGAUGAGCAGAGCAUCGCAUUACUACAGGAAUUUUCAAGGGACGCUGAACCGAUUGUUUCACAAAGCUGCGAAGUUGCAUUGAGCAUGUUGGAAUUUGAAAAUUCCGGAAAAUCAUUCGAGUUCUUUUUCACUCAAGACCCGCUUGUUCACUAA